UGACUCGCUCGAAAAUAAAAAUCCUUUUUUUUUUUUGGAGUAUUUCUUCUACCUUUCACCAACUCUUGAAGGUGGGAAACAGUCCAGCUCCACCACCACCAUAGGCCAUAACCAUCGUCGUUUUCUACGGGACCCACUUAUUUCGUGACGUUUCUCUUUGUGUAUAUACAUACAAUUGUUUCAAUCUCAAUUUGCUGUCCACAUUUUAACACAACUCUAUCUGGGGUUGUGUCUGAAUCUCUUCUCUCUCAUUCCUAUAUAUCUCAAUCUAAUCUAUCACAAACCCUGAUUUCACAUUGCUUUUGUCAGUCUGUAAAAUUCUCUUGAAUCAGUGAAUCACUCACUUAAUUCCAAAAGAGCUUUUUCUUUUCUUUAUUUGCUUGUUGUGGAAUCUAUAGCUGUGUCUCCGGAGAAAGUGAGACUCUUGGAAAAUUUCGUUUUUUUUUCCUUCGGGAUCUCUUCUUUUCGUUUUAUUUAAUAAUUAUAAGGCGACCCAACAUUUAUUGUCGAUUCGGUUUAUUUCGUCUCAUUCGUCUUCCUAGUGCAUCUGUGCAUGCUCUGAAUCUGUGUAAUGGGAGUUCAACAGUCUGGAUCCAUUAUCCUAGCCGGGUCGGGUCAAGGUCUCUGAGCAAGAGAGACAAUUCGUUUGAUUCGGUGUAGAAGACAUGAAUACUGGUGGUCGGCUCAUUGCUGGUUCUCACAACAGAAACGAAUUCGUUCUGAUUAACGCUGAUGAGAGUGCAAGAAUACGAUCAGUACAAGAACUGAGUGGGCAAACAUGUCAAAUCUGUGGAGAUGAAAUCGAAUUAACUGUUAACGGUGAGCUCUUUGUUGCGUGCAACGAAUGCGCAUUCCCGGUUUGUAGACCAUGCUAUGAGUAUGAACGUAGAGAAGGAAAUCAAGCUUGUCCUCAGUGCAAAACUCGAUACAAGCGGAUUAAAGGUAGUCCACGGGUUGAUGGAGAUGAUGAUGAAGAAGAAGACAUUGAUGAUCUUGAGUAUGAGUUUAAUCAUGGGAUGGACCCUGAACAUGCCGCUGAAGCCGCGCUAUCUUCACGCCUUAACACUGGUCGUGGUGGAUUAGAUUCAGCUCCACCUGGAUCUCAGAUUCCUCUCUUGACUUAUUGUGAUGAGGAUGCUGAUAUGUAUUCUGAUCGACAUGCUCUUAUCGUGCCUCCUUCAACGGGAUAUGGGAAUCGAGUCUAUCCUGCACCGUUUACAGAUUCUUCUGCACCUCCACAGGCAAGAUCAAUGGUUCCUCAGAAAGAUAUUGCGGAAUAUGGAUAUGGAAGUGUUGCUUGGAAGGACCGUAUGGAAGUCUGGAAGAGACGACAAGGCGAAAAGCUUCAAGUUAUUAAGCAUGAAGGAGGAAACGAUGGUCGGGGUGUCAAUAAUGACGAUGAACUGGAUGAUCCUGACAUGCCCAUGAUGGAUGAAGGAAGACAACCUCUCUCAAGAAAGCUACCUAUUCGUUCAAGCAGAAUAAAUCCCUAUAGAAUGUUAAUUCUGUGCCGGCUCGCGAUUCUUGGCCUUUUCUUUCAUUAUAGAAUUCUCCAUCCAGUCAAUGAUGCUUAUGGAUUAUGGUUAACGUCAGUUAUAUGCGAAAUAUGGUUCGCCGUAUCUUGGAUUCUUGAUCAAUUCCCCAAAUGGUAUCCUAUAGAGCGUGAAACAUACCUCGAUAGACUCUCUCUCAGGUACGAGAAGGAAGGAAAACCGUCAGGAUUAGCUCCUGUUGAUGUUUUUGUUAGUACAGUGGAUCCGUUGAAAGAGCCACCGUUGAUUACAGCAAACACUGUUCUUUCGAUUCUAGCAGUUGAUUAUCCUGUGGAUAAGGUUGCGUGUUAUGUAUCGGACGAUGGUGCAGCGAUGCUUACAUUUGAAGCUCUCUCUGAUACAGCUGAGUUUGCUAGAAAGUGGGUUCCUUUCUGUAAGAAGUUUAAUAUCGAGCCACGAGCUCCCGAGUGGUAUUUUUCUCAGAAGAUGGAUUAUUUGAAGAACAAAGUUCAUCCUGCUUUUGUCAGGGAACGUCGUGCUAUGAAGAGAGAUUAUGAGGAGUUUAAAGUGAAGAUAAAUGCAUUGGUUGCUACAGCACAGAAAGUGCCUGAGGAAGGUUGGACUAUGCAAGAUGGAACUCCUUGGCCUGGAAAUAACGUCCGUGACCAUCCCGGAAUGAUUCAGGUGUUCUUGGGACACAGCGGAGUUCGUGAUACAGAUGGUAAUGAGUUACCACGUCUAGUGUAUGUUUCUCGUGAGAAGCGUCCUGGAUUUGAUCAUCACAAAAAAGCUGGAGCUAUGAAUUCCUUGAUCCGAGUGUCUGCUGUUCUAUCAAACGCUCCAUACCUUCUUAAUGUCGAUUGUGAUCACUACAUCAACAACAGCAAAGCAAUUAGAGAAGCUAUGUGUUUCAUGAUGGAUCCGCAAUCCGGGAAGAAAGUUUGUUAUGUUCAGUUUCCGCAAAGAUUUGAUGGGAUUGAUAGACAUGAUAGAUACUCAAACCGUAACGUGGUGUUCUUUGAUAUUAACAUGAAAGGUCUUGAUGGGAUACAAGGACCGAUUUAUGUCGGGACAGGUUGUGUGUUUAGAAGACAAGCUCUUUAUGGUUUUGACGCACCAAAGAAGAAGAAACCACCAGGCAAAACCUGUAACUGUUGGCCUAAAUGGUGUUGUUUGUGUUGUGGGUUGAGAAAGAAGAGUAAAACGAAAGCUAAAGAUAAGAAAAAUAACACUAAAGAGACUUCAAAGCAGAUUCAUGCGCUAGAGAACGUCGAAGAAGGUGUUAUCGUCCCAGUGUCAAAUGUUGAGAAGAGAUCUGAAGCAACACAGCUGAAAUUGGAGAAGAAGUUUGGACAAUCUCCGGUUUUCGUUGCCUCUGCUGUUCUACAGAACGGUGGAGUUCCCCGUAACGCAAGCCCCGCAUGUUUGUUAAGAGAAGCCAUUCAAGUUAUUAGCUGCGGGUACGAAGAUAAAACCGAAUGGGGAAAAGAGAUCGGGUGGAUUUAUGGAUCGGUGACUGAAGAUAUUUUGACGGGUUUCAAGAUGCAUUGCCAUGGAUGGAGAUCUGUGUACUGUAUGCCUAAGCGUGCAGCUUUUAAAGGAUCUGCUCCAAUUAACUUGUCAGAUCGUCUUCAUCAAGUUCUACGUUGGGCUCUUGGCUCUGUAGAGAUUUUCUUGAGCAGACAUUGUCCGAUAUGGUAUGGUUAUGGUGGUGGUUUAAAAUGGUUGGAGAGAUUCUCUUACAUCAACUCUGUUGUCUAUCCUUGGACUUCACUUCCAUUAAUCGUCUACUGCUCUCUCCCGGCGGUUUGUUUACUCACAGGAAAAUUCAUCGUCCCCGAGAUAAGCAACUACGCAGGUAUACUCUUCAUGCUCAUGUUCAUAUCCAUAGCAGUAACUGGAAUUCUUGAAAUGCAAUGGGGAGGUGUUGGAAUCGACGAUUGGUGGAGAAACGAGCAAUUUUGGGUUAUCGGAGGGGCCUCCUCGCAUUUAUUUGCUCUGUUUCAAGGUUUGCUUAAAGUUCUAGCCGGAGUCAACACGAAUUUCACAGUCACCUCAAAAGCAGCAGACGAUGGAGCUUUCUCUGAGCUUUACAUCUUCAAGUGGACAACUUUGUUGAUUCCCCCGACAACACUUCUGAUAAUAAACAUCAUUGGAGUUAUUGUCGGCGUUUCGGAUGCAAUUAGCAAUGGUUAUGACUCAUGGGGACCUCUCUUUGGGAGACUGUUCUUCGCUCUUUGGGUCAUUGUUCAUUUAUACCCAUUCCUCAAGGGAAUGCUUGGGAAGCAAGACAAAAUGCCUACGAUUAUUGUGGUUUGGUCUAUUCUUUUAGCUUCGAUCUUGACGCUAUUGUGGGUUAGAGUUAACCCGUUUGUGGCUAAAGGGGGACCAGUGUUGGAGAUCUGUGGUCUGAAUUGUGGAAACUAAGAUUCUGAGUGAAGGAAGAGCAAAGGAGUUUGUGUUGGAGCUUUGGAAGCAAAUGUGUCGAUGAUGAUGAUGUGUACUCUUUUGGUGGUAGUUGGGUUGGGUGCAAGUGUGUUGUAGACAAAAGAUGUGCAGUUUUUACUUUUUACGAGUUUUUUUAAACCAUUUUUGUUACCCCUAAAUUAAUUCUUUUGUUAUCAUGUUAUACUACUAAUAGAGUUGUUUUGUUUUUCUUUUUUACAUAUACUUUUAGUUAUUCCCUAGUUAUUGUAUAAUACUGAUAAGGAUCAUAUACACACACUUUGUUAAUAAUGGAUUUUAGUGCUGUUUUA